AUGCGUCUUCAAACCCUCAUCCAAUUCAUCUUUCCCUCGGCAAUCCUCGCCCAAUCUCUCAACGUGACCGUUCUCGGCGCACGCCACCAUCGCUCCACCUUAGAGUGCUGGGCUCUCGUGCCGGGAUUUCAAACUUCCGCUCAACCCGGGCAGGUUGGCACCGCCGCCUUGAAUUUGGGGGAUGUCGGUGGCAACGCAUCGUUUGCGGUGUUGCCGGCUGGGUUUGAUGGUGGUAGACAUAAUGCGCCUGCGUUGCAAUGGGUGGUCUACCUCUCCGGUCUAGCGCACAUCACGCUCCCCAAUUCGACCACCGAGGCCUGGAUUGAAGGUGGCAAGAAUGGAGUCAUUCUAGCUCUCGACACUGCUAAUGUCAGUGCGUUGGGUCACUUCACUACCUAUCCCUCGCGGGAGCGGACGACAGCCAUGCUGAUUCCCCUCGGUGAGGAAGGAGUGCCGAGACAUCGGGUCCUGCAUGCAGGUCCCUGCCGGGGUGAGGAGUUGCUGGUAUAA